GGAACAUGUCUGUCUCCUGCCUCCCUCAGCGGGGGACACACCAGCUGCACUGAAAUGUCAGAAGGGUUUGCACAGCUGACAGGUUGCUGAAAAUGGAGCAUCACCAUAAAUUCUCUUUAUCCAGCCAAGUGCAGCUUAAUAUAGACUUAGCUGCAUGGGCUGUCUCCCGCACUGAGCCCGGGAGCUGCCACAGCUCAUGACCAAAACACGAACUUGUCGAUUUAACCAGAUCAGCUACUGCUAGUGAAGGGAGAAAAAAAGAAAAUCUUUUGAAAUUUAUCUUUCUCCUGAGGUUUAAAAAGUAUUAGAGGAAGGAGGGAAGAAUGAACAUGUCAGAACUUGGCCAAAACUCCGACGAAGACGUGUGCGCUGAGGACAUUGAUGAAGAUGAAAUCCUGGCUAACCUGUCCCCUGAGGAGCUAAAGGAGCUGCAGAGUGAGAUGGAAGUCAUGGCCCCAGACCCUGAAGUCCCGACUGGGAUGAUACAGAAGGAUCAGACAGAGAAAGCCCCCACGGGGAGCUUUGACCACAGGUCCCUGGUUGACUACCUGUACUGGCAGAAGGCAUCCAGACGCAUGCUCGAGGAUGAGAGAGUUCCUGUCACCCUCUUGCCCUCUGAGAGAAGUGCUGCGGAGGAGAUGGAAGGAGAGGCCGGCAGAGGUGGCGAGGUGGCUGGCGGGAGGAUGCCAGGAACAGAGGGAAAAGAGAGACAUUACCAAAAUGAGCACGUGUCCGAGUCAAGAACACAACCUGGGGAGACAAAGAAAGAUGGAAGUGAUAAGGAGAGAGUGGCAGAACAGGAUGAGAAAGAAGAAGCAGAGGAGGAAGAGGAGGAAGAAGAAGAAAGUGAGACUGAAUUGGAAACAAAGGAGAAUUGCACCAAUGAGAACAGUCACAGCAACCAGAUAAGUCAGAAGCCAGGUACAGAACCAGGAGAAAUCAAAGAAAAGCCUAAGGAAAAUGAAAAGAAAAUAUCCAAAUUGAACAUCCCCCAGAAGUUAGCGCUGGAUACCAGCUUCAUGAAGCUAAGUGCCAGGCCUUCAGGAAAUCAAACCAAUUUAGAAGACAGCUUGGAGAAAGUCCGAAAAAACAACCCAGACGUGAAGGAGCUCAACCUGAACAACAUAGAAAACGUCCCCAAGGAAAUGCUGAUAGAUUUUGUCAACGCCAUGAAAAAGAAUAAGAACAUAAAAACGUUCAGCUUGGCCAACGUGGGGGCUGAUGACAACGUGGCGUUCGCGCUGGCCAACAUGCUGAGGGAGAACAGGAGCAUCACCACCCUCAACAUCGAUUCCAACUUCAUCUCUGGCAAGGGCAUCGUGGCCAUCAUGCGCUGUCUGCAGUACAACGAGACGCUGACGGAGCUCCGCUUCCACAACCAGAGGGGCCUGCUGGGCCACCAGGCAGAGAUGGAGAUUGCCAGGCUGCUGAAAGCCAACACCACCCUCCUUAAAAUGGGCUAUCACUUCGAGCUGCCGGGGCCCAGGAUGGUGGUGACCAACCUGCUCAGCAGGAACCUGGACAAGCAGAGGCAAAAGAGGCAAGAGGGGCAAAGGCAGCAGCAAAUGAAGGAGCAGAAAGAGUUGAUAGCGAUGCUGGGAAAUGGACUUGGGUUGCCUCCCGGGAUGUGGGAAAUGCUGGGGGUACCACUGCCCCAGCUGAGGAUGCAGGAGCCCCCACAAGCCCCCAAACCCCCCGUCCCUGCAGCUGUGUCACUGAGCAAAAGGCAGGAGAACACGAGGCCGCCAGCCCCCGAGCAGCCGUGCAGAGAGAAACCCAUCAGCUUCAAAGUGGUCAAGCUGAAGAAGACUCAGCGCAAACCCCCCGUGCCAGAGUACGUGGAGCCGGCUGAGAAAACCAACCUCAAAGACGUCAUCAAGACACUUAAACCAAUUCCCAGGAGGAGACCCCCUCCCCUGGUGGAAAUAACCCCAAGAGAUCAGCUCCUCAACGACAUCCGCCAGAGCAACGUCGCCUAUCUCAAGCCGGUGCCGUUGCCGAAGCAGCUGGAGUGAGAGACCAGACUGACCUGAAGAAAACAACCUGGAAUAAGGACUAUUCAAGUUUUGCUUGCAACUGUUUCAGCAGAUGUUUUCUGCAGAAGCCAGGUGGUGUAUUCAACUCUUUGGGAACAAAGCUUCUGAUACACACUUGCAUUAGUGUGGUGAAAACGGCUGGCAUGGGAAAAGUCAGUGCUAAGUGUUUCCAUCAGGUAUCAAACAAUCAGCUGCCAUCUGUCUGCCAAGUGGAUUGAGGCUUCAGUUUGUUGUGGGAGUAUUUUCUCAGAGGCAUCAAUAACCUUGUCUUUCUAGUUUGUCAGCAAACUAUUUUGCUUCCACGUUGUCCUUCUGCUGCCAGAUUCUGCAGGAACACGCUGUGCUUUAUCUUUCUUUUCACACACAUGCUACUUUAUUACUCUCUUGUCCAUGAGAAAUGUAUUUGGAUUCCAUGUAUACAGCUUCAUUUUUUAGGCUAAGGAAAGAGAAACGAAAUAAAGCUCUCUCUGUAAGAUGUGUGCAGCAGUUCCAUUGCUAACAAAGUGCUCACAGACAGAACGACUGCUCUGGUACAACGAACACCUUCCAAGCUCCCUCUAUUUCAGAACAAUGUCUAGUGGGUAUUGCACCUGAUCAGAAUUUAAAAGAUGAUGCCGUGCUCUGCUUUGAGAACUGUGAUGUUCAUUCCCUGUGAUUCACCUCUGUCUUACUGCAGUGCUUAAUUGCAGCCACCUUGGAGAGCACUGAAAUGCCAUUUUAGGUCUCUCUCCACGCUGUUUUUAUGGCAGGAGGAUGAGCCUCACCUCUUUUCCAGGGGUUAAAGAAACUCCUAAUUCCUCCUAGUAUGAUGUGUGAAUAGCACGUCACAUCCUGGCAGGGCUGCAUUUGAAGGGGUAAAACCUGUAUAUACACAACUUAGUCUUUCCUUAAUAUUUUUGUGAAUUUUUUUUUCUCCUCCUUCUUUAUUAUCACAUUAAGUUCUGCCGUCUUUCUGCUAAAGCAGCUGCAGGUAAGUCACACUCUUGUGAAAUACAUCCAUGAGAGACCAAUUGUUUUAGGGGCUUUUUUCUUUGUUUUUUUUUAAAGCACAAGGGAAAGAACAAAGGCUUUCCCUGUGCUAAAAUGCACCUUCCUGUGGCUGCUUGAUCCAAAGGCAGAGCUUUGUAGCUCCUGGCAGGAUUUCCUUCAGGUGAGUUAAUCUCUGAGUGGUAACACUUAGCAACUUUCCCCUGGCAGCUAAAUCCCAGUACCACCCUGCUCCCCCUUCCCAUGUUUAUUUUAAUAGUCCUGUAGUAUCAGCAAUGUCCAGGACCUCUUGAAUCCAAAGUAGUCUCUACUAUAACUUGUUCAAAUUUUCAUUUGUUCUUGUCCUUUUGGUACCUAUCACCUGGGUCUCUUUCCAAUCUUCACCUUCCAAACUUGUAAAGCUCCUUCUCAGCUUUGCUUCUGUUUGCAAAUGUAAUGCCCCAAACUCAGGAAAGCUCAUUUCUGUAUUGCCCAAGAGAGAGCAAGUAGCUAUCUCUUUAAAGUAUCACAUAAUAGGGAAGUGACAUA